AUGCCUGAGGUCCAAACCAACAAUGCCACCUUCCCACCGGUCCGCGCCUGCAUCUUCGACGUAGACGGCCUACUAAUCAAUUCGGAAGACGUCUACACCGACAUCUACAACAACAUCCUCCACUCGUACGGCAAGCCCGACUUACCAUGGAGCAUCAAAGCGAGGCAGCAGAGCAGAGGCCGCGAGGGCAUGCUCCAGCUCCUCGACUGGGCCCAAUUGCCCAUCACGUAUGACGAAUGGACCGCCAAAGUCAGCGCCCAGUACGAGCUCUUCAAGACCUGCACCCCGCUCCCCAGCGUCCCUCAACUUCUCUCCAACCUCUCUUCCAAGACCGAUCCAGCAGUCCACAUGGCCAUCGCCUCCUCCGCCACGAGCAAAACCUUCAGGAUAAAAACAUCCCACCUGCCCAGCAUCAACUCUGCUUUCCCCCAGGAAUGUCGCGUCUUCGGCGAUGACGCGGCGAUGAGUGAGGCGAGGAAGAAGCCGAUGCCGGAUGUGUUUUUGUUGGCGCUUGGUAGGAUUAACGCUCACUUGGGGCUUGGGGAGAGGGAGGUGAGGCCGGAGGAGUGUUUGGUUUUUGAGGAUAGUGUGGCGGGGGUCGAGGCGGGGAGGAGGGCGGGGAUGAGGGUGUGUUGGGUGCCGCACAAGGGACUACGGGAAGUGUGGAGAGGGAGGGAGGGGAGGGUGUUGGAGGGAAAGAGUGAGGAGGAGGAGAAGGAGAAGGACAUGAAUACUAGGUUAGGUGAGGGGCAGAAGGAUAAGCAGUCUGAAGAACAGAGCCACUUGUGGUCUGAAGAUGGUUGGGCAGAGAUGCUGAUGUGUCUAGAGGAAUUUGAUUACGAACACUAUGGUAUACGAUUGAACUACACUUGA